AGUCGGCGGCGGCGGCGGGCGGCGGCGGGUGCGGGGAGAGAGAGCGGGAGAGAGGAGCGGAGGAGAGGGGGGCAGAGGUCACUGACGUCACCACCGCCAGCUGCUCAAGGUCACCAAAGGUCAUCAGAGUCCAUCCAAGGUCACCGACGAGCCGUCAAGGGUCAGUGAAAGUUUCACAAAAUUAUCUCCCGGAGGUGGAAGGCAGGGAUCCAGAUCAAGAUGAAAACGUUACUGGUGCUCGUCUCGCUGACCCUACUGAUGGUGGACAGGGGGAGGUCGUUUUCAGUGGCGGACCUGCCCUGCGUCCAGCGGCUCAACCAGCUGUACUGCAAGCACCAGGGACCGCUCUACCCGGCGGAGCGGAUAGACCAGUUCAUCGACCUGAACAAGGCUCUAACGCUGAGGAUGUUCGGAGAGGAGCCCCCUGCCGAGGUCACCACCGGCCCGCGACCCAGUGACGUCACCAUGGCUCCGCCGCCCAGUGACGUCACCACCAGGAACGUCAGCAUGGCCGGCAGUAUGAUGCCGAAUACCAUGCCGGGGAUGCGGAGAUUCCACACCGUACAGCGGGUCCACUACUCCACCCGAACGUCGUGGCGCGGCAGGCGGUCAGCGAACGAGACGGUGGCGCCACGGGCGGCGGGACGGCGAACUAAGCGGGAUGAUCCGAUCCCUGCGCCGCCGACUAUUGACAAAAACAGCGAACACAGGGUGGACAGCUGCGAAUCGCGGAUGGAGAUAAUGACGCCCUUCUGGGCGGAGAACUCUGCAAAGGAGGUGCGAGUGAUCGUCAACACGAAAAACUUCCCGCAGGCGAUCCGCGUCGAAAUCUGCACCCGUCCCACGACCAGCUACUGCCGCGGAAACUGUCUGUGUGAGCAGAAGUACACCUGGUACAGACUGCUGGCCUACGACCCGGAUAACGACUGUAAGGGCAUCUUCAUCGACUGGUUCCUGUACCCGUCCUGCUGUGCCUGCCGCUGCAAACCCUGACAACUGUAAACGCCGGCCACUGGCCAGCGUGCGCGAGGGUGUGUGUGUGUGUCAUGUGUGUGUGGGUGGGUGGGUGAAGUUUGUAAUAAAGGACAGAGGUCG